AAACUGCAGGGAACAUUUAAAAUCGAUUUGAUACAAAAAAAUCGAAGAUUGGGGUCUUGUUCACCGAAACAGGAAAACGAGUGAGUAGACGAGAAGUGCGACCGGCGAAAGGGGUGUUUUAUGGUGAAAAUGGCGGGAAACAAAUACCACUAAUCCCCAGCUGCUAAUCUGUCCUUCUUCCCUCUUUUCAUAUUUAUCACUCGCACUUGUAGCAGCAUGGCAAGUGGUGGUGGCGAAAGUGCUGCUCAGUUUGAUAUUUCGGAGGAGGAGAAAGACAAGCUUGUUGGAGAAGUGAUUCGCUAUGUCCUUUUCAAGACCCAUCAGGGUUCUGGUUGUCCCAUAAAAAGGGAGGAACUCACCCAACUUAUCACCAAGAAUUAUCGCCAAAGGGCUCUUCCUGCUUUUAUCAUAAAUGAGGCCAGAUCCAAACUUUCGACCAUAUUUGGAUAUGAGAUGACGGAGCUUCAGCGGUCACGGCUAUCCUCAGCAAACCAGGGAAGAGCGUCGCAACAGAGUGUUGCAGAUUCAAAAUCUUACGUCAUUACAAGUCAGCUACCAGCUGAUGUCUACAAGGAAUUUGUCGAGGAUGUAAAUACCUCGCACCUUACUGGGUUUACAUUUGCAAUCAUUAGCAUUGUGCAUCUUGCUGGAGGCAAAAUUACAGAAGAAAACCUUUGGCCCCAUAUGAGGCGACUAGGGUUGCGCGAAACUGAAGAGAACCAUCCAGUCUUCGGGAACAUCAAGCAGGCACUGGAAACACUGGUUCAGCAAAGAUACUUGCAGAAAGAGAAAGUUCAUGGUCCUGAAGGAAAUAGUAUAGUUUAUGAACUUGCUGAAAGAUCCCUAGAUGAAACAGUGAGCGGUCAAGUUAAGGAAUAUAUAUCACAGAUUGUGCAGAGGGAGGUGCCCGCAACAGAUAAUGACUAGCAUCCUUCUCGGAAAUUUUCUAUUGUUUGAUACAGUAUAUCUGUUGCAAGUGAAAUGGAAAUACUUCGAAUGCAGAUGGCCAGCUGGGGGAGCUGUAGGUGUAACACAGAUUGGCCAAACUUUUGCAGGGACUUUUCCAGUAGAUAUUAUGAACACAACUGUUGGGAUUAUUUUUGUAUGUGUAUGUGAUUAAGCCCUAGAUUUGUGGUGUUAAUAUACAGAUUGGCUUUAAUUAUGGUUUCAGUAAUUCAGUAUUAGUUUACCCUGGUACUACAAA